AUGGCAUCAAUGCAGCCGGCAGCUCAGCUUCAGUUCCUGAACCUUACGUCGUGCCUCUCACGGCCUCAGCCGAGCCCAGUUCACCAAGAGAAAGUGGCCAAGCUGUGUCCUCAGACCCAGAAUGACUCCCAUCUGCCCAAGGAACUGCUGUCGGCAUCGCCAUCACAGCAGGUGCCUCGCCUGCGGGCGGUGGUGGAGAGUCAGGCCUUCAAGAACAUCCUGGUGGACGAGAUGGACAUGAUGGUGUCACGGGCGGCCACCGUCAUCCAGGCGAACUGGAAGGGCUACCGGCUGAGGCAGAAGCUCAUCUCCCAGAUGUCAGCGGCCAAGGCCAUCCAGGAAGCCUGGCGGCGCUUCAGCACACGCCGCCUGAGGCACUCCAACAAGCUGACCAUGAGGAAAGCCAAGGAAGAGGAGGAGGGCGACAUCCCCUACCACCCGCCACAGCAGGUGCGCUUUCACGCACCCGAGGACCAGCCACCCGUCAUGGUGAGUAAGAAGACCCAGUUCCCGUCCUCCGACAACUUGGUCCCCUCACAUGCCCCAGCAGCUCCAGGUCCCUGUGCCAGCAGAGUCCCCAGAGGUGGCCUCCAGCCACAGCAGUCAGUGACCAGCAGACACACAGGUCCCAGGUAUCAACCCAGCAUCAUGACCAAGACUGUCCGGAGCUCCAGUCUGAUCAGACACUUGGAGGGGGACUGUGGGAAGAGCAGGCACGUGCCUUCCAAGACCAUCAAAGUGGGGACCCUGGAUUCAGCAGCAUCGGGGAGAUAUGGCCAGGCCACCCUUGGAUCCCUGAAGACCCAGGCCCACGCUGAAGCAGGUGUCCCGAGGGUCCCACCACAUACAUAUCCAGUCAACAAGACCCCUACCAAGGUGUCUCCAGUGCCUGCUACCGCCCCUAAGUCCCCAGCUGCAAUGCCCACGGCACUGAAGGGCGCGCCACCGAUGUGCCCCACAUCCCCAGGGACAGCCAUGAAGAUGCAAUCACCAACCUGCCCGAUUCCCCCAAUGACCAGACCCCUGGCUCAUGUGAGACCCAACCCUUCCCUCUCUAGCACCAUUCCACAGGUGCGUUCUGUGGCCCCCAUGGCCAGGGCACAGCCCCCAGGGUCUGCCGUGACCUCCACAGGCAAGGCCUCACCACGUUUGGGGGCUCCCGUCAAUAAGGCCCCAGUGCAGACUGGCCCCGGGCUCGCGGCAACGAAGACCCUACCCCAGACGCGUGUAGUGACGAAAGGUCAACCUCAGACAUGUGCAGUGUCCACUCCAUCUAAAAGCUCCUCCCAAGUGAGCCCCCAGGUCAAGCUCUCAGCCCAGACGCGUCUGGCAGCCAUGAUAACCAAGACCCCAGCUCAGCUUCGCUCCAUGGCUGCUGUGCUCAGGACUCUGUGUCAGGUCCCUGUGGCAGGAGCCUCAAGUCCGAGGGGUUCACCGCGAACUUCGGUGACUCAGGGCAUGGCCAAUAUCCCAUCCCAGGUCCACCUGAGCAUCCCAAAGGCCAAGGUCACCGUAAGCAGCAAGCAGACCACGACAGUCAUUAAAGUGACCUCUCAGUCACACUUGGCCAAGGGGAAGGGCAGGUGUGGCCCUCACGGACAUCCAGGCCCCGUGGCUUUUAAGUCUCCAGCCAGGUCUCCAUUGGAAGUAGAAAAGAUGAAGCCUGGGCCCCCAAGAGCCCCCAAGAAGGAAGCAUCUCCCAGGACUAAUGCAGUUGUUUCAACCAGGGCUCUGUCUUGGACAAAAGUGACAGAAGACAGCAGCAAGCCCCUGCCUCAGACCCAGCAGAAGGCAGGGAUUGUAAAAGUUCACUCUAAGGUGUGCAUGCCUGAAGAGAUGGGUGUGACCCUAUCCCAGGGCCAGCUGGCUGCCCCCCUGACCAAGACCUGCUCCCCAAAGCAGCCACCCCGACCACCGCCGUCCUCACCUCUCUGUAAAGCUGUAUCCCCCAAGUCUUGCAUGUCAUCCGGGCUGGCCACUGGCCCACCUGGAGGACGGUGUCCAUCUGGAGGUCCCUCUGCUUCCCUGCCCUCCUCGACACGGCCUGCACACCUGAUGUCACUCCCAGCCCAGCCCCAGCCUUCUGGUGACCAGGCCAGACCUGUGUCUCGGGCUCAUAUGGCCACGCCGUACCCAGCUGUGGCCUCCCCGUUGACGUGUUCCCUGGGAGUGACCUUUGUCCCGCCUGAAGGACACCUAAGAGCAUGCCCACCGACCUCUGCUCCUGAGCACCAUGGGGCCUCUCGCCCGACAAGAAGUUCAUCUCAGCUGCACCCCCCUGCCGAGCAUGCAAAGACUGCAAACAGCAAAGCCACCAGGACCACGGGCCAGGUCUGUCCACCCACUAAACUCAGCAAGGCUCCGUCCCUGACCCAGCUCAUCACAUGUCUGGCCAAGGUUCCACCCCAGGCCCAUCUGCCCAUGGGGCUGACAAAGGCCCAGUCUCAGGCCCAGCUGGUGACCGAAACGGCCAAGUGCUUCUUGGCUGCUCAUGCUGCCACUGAUCUCAGUGGCAAGCCUCAGUCACAGUUCCUGAGCACUUCCAAGGCGUCUGUCCAAUUGUGGCAACAUUUUGGGACAUUGAGCACUGGACCCCAUGCCGAGCCAGGUGACAGGAAUGUGGCCCAGUCCCAGCUCCAUAGCCAUGCACAAAACAAGACCACGCAGAACCCACAGUCGCUGGCCACAGAUACCCAAGACAUGCUGGGAACUCUGAUGACUCCCACUGGACACCCUGUGUGCAAUGCAGAAUCCUGGGGUGACAGUGGACGGGCAAAGACCCCACCCCCGCCCCCUUCGCCCACCCAGUCAGUGUCCUGCCAUGAAGACCUGGCAGCAUCCAUUGCAUCCUUAUGCUCAGACCUGGUGGCCAUGGUGGGCUCCCCCGAGGACCUGCGGGCACUCCUGGCCAAGACACUUUCUCAGGGUGAAGUAAGGACAGCACUGAGCCAGGCCCUGUCCCGGGAGGUCCUGGGACCUUCUGUGGUCAAGGCUCUGCCUCAAGGCAUGCUGGGAAUGGCAUUGAUGAAGGCUCUGUCAUGGGGUGAGCUGGGUGUCUCCCUGUCCCGGGCCCUGUCUCGAGGUGAGCUACGUCCGGAACUCAGCAAGGCCACACAGGGCAAGCUGGCCGAGGUCCUCCGCAAGGCCUUGACAGAAGAAGAGAGGGCCACGCUUAGCCAGGCGCUGUGCCAGGGUGAGCUGGGUGCUGUCUUCACUCAGUCAUUGGCCCAGAUGGCCCAGAGGACAGGCGCCUUCCCCAAGGCCACCUCGAAAACGGUGGGGAGUCGGAUGACCACAGCACCUGCCUCAAUGGAGCUGACCUACAAUGGGAGCCUUUCAGUGGCGUGGGGACCUACGGUGGGUCCUGUGCAAGCACGGUGUAGCAAGGGCCCUGUGGAUGCAGGCCUGGCUGCUAGCCAGUCAUGGAAUUCCAAAGUCCCCAACGUAUCCGUCAGAGGCACAGCACGCGCUGGGGCACCCCGAGGCACGUGGCAUCCCAGCAGGGGCCACAAGCCAUGGGACCCCUCGGGUGCAGAGGCAGCAGCGCUGGACCACAAGCCCUCGGCUGAGCUGCUGGUGUCGGUGUGGGCCAUGGAGAGAGUUGUCGCGCAGGCUGUGGUCACCAUCCAGGCGUGCGCACGCGGCUACUUCGUGCGCCGCACCGUGAAGGUGUGGCACCACUGGGCCACCAUCAUCCAAGCUACGUGGCGCGGUUACCGUGUGCGGCGGAACCUGGCAAGGCUGCUCAGAGCCACCAUCAUCAUCCAGGCUGCCUGGCGCAGCUACUGUAUUCGCCGGGCCCGGGCCUGCCAGGUGCUGUUCCCUAUCGCGUGGCUGGAGCCCCGUGGCAGAGCCCAGGGGGACUUGGACACCAGGAACAGCUCCGAGCAUCGCUGCUUCCUGUCUUGUCAGCCAGACAUCUGCAGCGUCUGCCAGUCCCUGGGUCCCCGCGUAGAGAGUACACCCAGCGUCGUGAUGCUCGUGGGGUCUCAGCCACGCACCUGUCACGUGUGCGGCCACACACUGUCCACGCGCGUGGUGCAGGGCUUUGGCCAGGGCGUCUCAGUCCGGGCUGGCGCUGGGCGGGCCUCUGCGCGCCAUCAGAGUCCCCGAUCUACACAGCAACACAGAGCAGCCACGGUCAUCCAGGCGGCCUGGAGGGGCUACAGGACCCGCCACCAGCUCAGACAGCAGCAGUCUGCCGCCAAGAUGGUCCAGGCCACGUGGAGGGGACACUAUACACGAAGCUGCCUCACCACCGACGCGCUCCUGGGAAAAGGACGCCCGUGGAACUUCUCCAGCAGCGCUUCACAACACACCUCAAGGGCUUACUCUCUGCACUGGCCUAAAGUCUAG